GUGCGCCGCUGUCAAUAAAGUUGUGUGUUGUUGUGGCCUUGCCUCGGUGGACGCGGAGACAAGAUGGAGGCGGUUUGGUGCAGUGGCUGAGGAGUAGGCAGGGACCGCAGCGGGGUUUCCUUUAUUUUUCCUUCUCCCGUCACCUCUUUUGAUGCUGUCAGGAGAAGAAUGGAGGCGGGACGGCUUGCGGAGGGGCUGUUGGAGGGUAAAGAGAUCCGCAUCAUCGGGUCGGAGCUGGUGGAGAACUACACGGUAUAUAUCAUAGAAGUGAAAGUUGGGAAUCACCAAUGGACCCUUAAACACCGCUACAGUGACUUUCAUGAACUGCAUGAAAAGCUGACUGCAGGAAAAAAGAUAGAUAAGAAUCUGCUUCCACCAAAGAAGAUCAUUGGCAAAAAUUCCAAAACAUUUGUAGAAAAAAGGCAGAAAGAAUUAGAAGUUUAUUUGCAAACCCUUCUAACAAAGUUCCCUUUUGCUGCCCCAAAAGUGUUGUCACACUUUCUGCAUUUCGAUCUAUAUGAGGUAAAUGGCAUUACCGCUGCCCUUGCUGAGCAACUGUUUCACAAAGGUGAGCAGUUGCUCUUGGCAGGUGAAGCAUUCUGUCUGAGACCACUGCAAUUGUAUGCAAUCACUCAACAACUAAGACUGGCCAGUCCCACCUGUGCCAGUGGCGAUGCCAAGACUGAUCUUGGACACGUCCUGGACUUUGCUUGUAGACUUAAAUAUUUGAAGAUAUCAGGCACUAGAGGAUCUGUGGGUGACAGCAAUAUUCAGGAACAUCUCCUUAAAUUUGACUUGUCAAUUUUCAAGUCUGUUCAUCAGAUUGAGAUAAGUAAUUGUGAAGCUCAACAAAUUAUUGGACUUCCUUCUCUGAAAAACUCAUUGGCUACCAUGACUGUAUCUUUUUCGACUGCUUCAAUGAAGGAUAUUCUUGUGCCGGAAGCUUCUGAAUUUGAACAGUGGGAAGUAGAGGGGAUGGCAUCUGAGCGUCCAGUUGCUGCUAUUAUCCCAAGAUGGAAUAUGCUGACCACACUUGAUAUGAGUCAUAACCAGAUAUCUAAUAUUGAUGAAUCUGUGAGAUUAAUACCGAAAGUGGAAUUUCUGGAUCUAAGUUACAAUGAAAUAACAGUUGUGGAGAAUUUGCAGCAUCUUUAUAAUCUCAUUCAUUUGGAUUUAUCAUUCAACAAGCUCACGUUAUUGCAAGGUGUUCAUACAAAACUUGGAAACAUCAAAACUUUGAAUUUGUCAGGAAAUCAAUUGGAAAGUCUGUCUGGUCUGAACAAACUUUAUUCAUUAGUUAACUUGGAUCUUGGUGACAAUAAAAUAUCACAGAUAGAAGAAAUUAAAAACAUUGGGAGCUUGCCAUGCCUUGAGAAGGUCUUUCUAAAUAACAACCCCUUGAGCAUCAUUCCUGAUUACAGAACAAAGAUUCUUGCACAAUUUGGCGAUCGUGCCUCAGAGGUCUGUCUGGAUAAUACUGUUACAACAGGAAAGGAACUUGAUACAGUUGAGGUGCUGAAGGCAAUUCAGAAAGCCAAAGAAGCAAAAGAUCGAAUGAAUAGUACAGAUAAAAAAAUCAGUGAGGAAACAAGACUUGCUGCUCAAGGGUCCAAACCCAGCUACUCUUCCUAUGUUGCUUGUCCUCCUUCUCCUCUGCUACACCAUGCUGCCAGCUCCAGCCAAGAAAUAAAUACUAAAUCAGCCCUAAUCAUCAAUCUACAUCAAAGUGAGAGUUUGACUCCUAUGGCUUCUACAAUUACCCCAGGAGCCUCUGACACAGCUAAUCUGAAUGGAAGCAAGAGCAAGGUCGCAAAUGCAGAGCUAAAAUCUAUGAAGAAUUCACUUGAAGAUUCUGACUGUCUACAAACGAGGUUUGGAUCGGCAGAUGCAUCGACUCAAGCUGAUGUGUUGAAGUCACUACAUGAUCCUGAAGUGACUCUUGUGCUGCCUUUUUCAUGUGUGUCAUACAAUACCACCAAUCUUGACUUUGCUGCCCAUUUAUCUGGAAUAAUUAAUCAAGCUCUAUUGAAACUACAUACCACUGAGACUUUAUUUGACUGCCAAGGAAACCCUGUUAAUUAUCCUGAGGUCUUCAGUAAUGAAGCUGGAUAUUUUGAAAUGGGUCCAGAUGAAGGUGAUUGUAUUUUGGGAUGUAGUUCAAACAUUGAUCUUUCCAGUAUUUCUGCAAAUCUAGAAGCUGAGAUAUUGAAGGUACUAUGGACUCUUUGUAUACAGGUGAACAAGGGAUUAAGAUUGUUUGUAUCUUGCAUUGUACUGACUGACAGUGCUGUAGCUGUAUUUCAGAUUCCUCACUCUGAACUCCUGGGGAAUAUGCAAAAUGUUAUUUCUCAAAUGCAGCUUGUUCUCUGUCUUCCUUAUUCAGAAAUUUUGGAAGUGUUCUUUGAAGUGCCAGAAAUGUGCCUUUCAAUGAAAAUUAAAACACAUGGUUGUUUCUUCUUUGUAUCUGAUUCUCAGAAUCUUAAAGACUUCAAUACCUGUUUAAAGGCUAUAUUGCAUAAAUGGUCUACUUCAAAUUUGCCUAUACUGGAUUAUGAAGAGACCCUAAUGGAAGACUUCAUUGUUCAGCUUUUACAGCAUCAGCAGCUUGCACUACAUGACACUGGCAUUAAUGGUUGUUUUGCAGCAUAUAUUUUGAUCAGUGAUAACGUCAAACCAUGGGAUUGGUCAGAAGAGUUGAAUCCUUCUAUUUCACAUGAAGUGGUCAGUGGUACAGAAUUAAAGAACAAGAAUACUCUGCAUUCUGAAAUUUGUUCAGUAGUUCUUCCAGGGAAAGAAGAGAAUUCCAAACCUGUAUGUGUACCUUGUCUUCUGGUUUUGACAGCCCAGCAUCUUUAUUUCGUAAGAAUAGAUUUCUACAUAGCAGCAAAAAAGUGUCUUCAUCCUGAAGAGAUUGCAAAAUGUCCAUUUAAGUUGAACAGAAUUUCAUUAGCCACAUUGCUUUUAAAUCCAAAGCAAGGAUCCCAUACGGUUGAAACAGUGGCAUUUUGGGAUGGUCAUAUACUUGAAUUCUUGAUCGGAUACCAACUUGCAACAGCAGUUUUUGUGCUUCCGCAUGAGAAGUUCCACUUUCUACGAAUGUUUACUCAACUGAGAGCAAGUUUUCAGGGUGUCAAAUCAAUUAUAGUGCACAGAACUUGUCCAGAUCACUGCUACUUGACGAAGCAUUCCACAGAUACAACUGAUCACUCUCCAGAGCCUGAAAGCAACCAGCCAAAAUUCAAGUCGGACUUGAGCCUUUCUCUACAGUAUCCUUCUGAGACAUUGCUGCAAAAACUGACUGAAGAGAACCAGUGUCCCUUUCAUCUUUCUGCCUCCCUAUCUCUCCAUUACCUGGCAGGUUUGAAAGGAAGAGCUAUUGUGGAAUGUUUUCACAAUAGUAUAGCUGAGGUUGAGAAUGAAGAGCUAAGACAUCUAAUUUGGUCCUCAGUCAUAUUUUACAAAAGCUCAGAGCUUGAAGUUACUGCCUGCAUUAUGCUCUCUACCAAAGCACUGUACUUCGUGUUGGAUGAUGCCAUCAUUAAGCUUGCUGAUCAAACUGGAUAUUGGAAUGAAAACCCAUCUUCAAAUUCUGAGCAGAGAGGUCUGCUCCUGUCCUUCUGCUUUGUCCUAAAGUUAAAUGAUCUGCAGUCCAUACACUUGGGCCUUUUUGAUCAGUACUUCCGCAUCACUGGUCCAUCUGCUGAACACACAAUUGCUUGCCUGACCAGGGACAGUUAUACAACACAUACAUUUGUACAGCAGUUAAUGGCUGUAUUAUCUUUGUUGGAACGAACACCUUCACCAGAGCCAGUAGAGCUGGACUUUUAUACAGAAUUUGGAAAGAAAAGCACAGGUCAAAUGGAAAAUUAUGAAAUUGUCCACUCCAGUCGAGUGAAAUUCAUUUAUCCUAGUGAAGAGGAGGUUGGUGAUCUGACAUUUAUGAUAGCAGAAAAUGUUCAAGAACUAAAUCUCCAGACAUCCAACAUCCUCUUGUAUGUUUUGGCAUUUCAAGUCGAGUCUUUGGAGAAUCCUUUACAUUCCUGCAAAUGUUCUUUGCAGCCUAAAACAUUAAUUUUGACAAGCUAUGAUAUGCUUCUAUUUGAAGAAGAUUAUGUUAGCUAUCCAUUACCAGAAUUUGCAAAAGAACCACCACAGCGGGACAAAUACCAAUUAACUGAUGCUAGGAGAAUUCGUGAUCUGGAUAGAGUGCUCAUGGGUUACCAGACCUAUCCACAGGCCAUCACUUUUGUGUUUGAUGAUGUACAUAAUCGGGAUCUAUUGAGUAAUAUGAUGCUCGACCAUUUUGAACAUCCACUUAAUGCCUGUUCUACAGAUAGAAGAAAUCACUGCAACACCAGCAAUGAAGUUCAGUGGUGUCUCUUUGUAGCCAGUCCUGAAAGUCGUGAAAGGCUGAUUGCAUUGCUUGCUAGGCAGUGGGAGCUUCUUUGUGGUAGAGAACUACCAGUUGAACUUACAGGCUAAAAUUGUUGCCAAGCAUGGUCAACAAAAUAUAAAGUUAUACUGAUGGGGAAUUUGUAAAUACCAUGGGAGUCAGACGUUGUUCCUUUGAUGUCUAGGGCUUUUAAAGUUUAUUUUUUACAUAAAUAUGUACUUGUACUGAUGCAUUCUGCUAUAUUGUGCAAUGUAAACUGUAGAUAAAAGGUCACUAUUGCAUGUUACACUUGAAUGUUUUGAAAUAUCAAAUAAUGUUUGUAUCUAAUGAACAGCUUUCUCUAGUAUGCUGCUAUAAUUUGAAAUAAAGUUGUUGGUCUUGGGUACUUUUUAAAAACAGUAACUUUACUGAAGCUUACUGUAUUUGAAUAUUGUUACAUAAUAUUGCAGAAUAGAGAAGAUGCUGUUUGGCUUCAUCUGUUCCACUCAGUAUUCAGUCUGAGAUGGUAAGUUGAAUCAAUGCCAGUCAGGUUGCUUUUGUCUGCAAUGAACUAUAGUGCUGUUGAGACCUAGAAGGGGACUGCGGACUUGUCUGUGGCAAUGGACAUGGAACCUACUUUGCAAUGAUUGUUUUAGCAAACCAAUGCAUUGCUUUGUAUGUAAGUAUCCUGCAGAUGCACUGCUAUGUUUUGUAAAUUUUGAGGGGCUUAACUCAGUGCAUUGCAGCUGUGACUUGAUUUAUAAAGCUACGAGUAGUUUCUGGUAGUAAUUUGCCACACAAGGUGCUGAAAUGUAGUUGGAUGGCAUCCUAAAGGGGAUGAUUCCAAGUCAUGCCUGAAUCUCCUGUCAUGUAGAUUAUUCCAGAAUGGCAUUUUUCAGGCCAGAGACAUGUACUUUCCUCUUUAUCUCCCUUCCCUCCCACCCUUCUCCAAUGCUUCUCUUUUCCCCAACCCCCUCCCCCAUGACCUUCACUGCAACAGCAUGUGAAGAUUAGCCCAAUAAAGCUGUUUCAAAAGGCUAGUUUCAAAUAUUGGAAACUUUAAGUUGAGUGUGCUUUAUUGUGGUUGCUGAGUAAUGUAAAUGGAUGAGAUUUGUCUAUGAUUUAGAUUCCUCAACUGACUAUUUUAAAGCAAUCUGUUUCAAAGAUUAAAAUUCUUACUAGCAAUGUUUCCAGAAGUUGAUUUAAGCCAGACAUGACUGAUUUUACAACAGUGCUGGAAAUAUUCAGCAGGUUAGGCAGAGAAACUGUUUUCAGAUGAAUGAUCUUCUAUCAGAACCAACUCAGCAAGAACUUGUCUGAUUUGCAGCUGGUUAGCUUGCUUUCUAAAGGAAGAAGGUUUGCUUUCUACCAAUAUCAUGUUGAUAACCUUCCUGUUGGGUAUUUUGUAUUCUCCUAGGUAAAUUCACCUGCACUGGCUAUGUUGUCUAGCUGAUUUCUUUCUUUUGAUCUUAUGAACUAGAGUUAUUCAUGUUAAAUCUAUCUACCUUAGAUUGGUAUGGCUGUGUAAUUUUAAUCACGUUAAAGAAUAAGGACAUUUGUAGAGAAACAGUUUCAUUCUGAUUUUUUUCCCUCUAUCUGCUUUUGGAGCAGAUUUUAAGGUUUUUUAUUUCCUACUUGCUGCAAAAUUAUUCACAAGAACAAAAAUGUUGCUUUUUGGAAACAUCUAUACACAUGGAGCCAAUUUCCUCAUGCACAAAGAUAACUCUGCCUGUAUAGUCUCUUGUCAAAUGUCCAGUUUUGGGUCACACUAUUUUGCCAGGUAGUCAUCUGCAGUUCUGCAUCUGCAAUAAACUUUUCUACCAUUUUUUUCCAUUUUCCUGCCUAAACUGAGAGAACAUUGACUUAGCUAAGACAUUUAGUGGGGAUCUGAGGAAUGUUUUUUUAACCUAGAGGUUGGUUGGAAUCUGGAACACACUGAGUAGGUGAUGGACUUGGGUACACUCACAACAUAUAAGUAUCCAUUUGAACAUUUGAAUUGCCAUUUGCAUAGUAGGCUAUAGACCAAGUGUGAGGAAAUGGGUUAGGUGUAGAUAGUUAAUUGGUCAGUGUGGACAUGAUGGGCUGUAAGGCCUAUUUCUGUGCUCUGAUUCUAUGCCUGACCCCUAUCUGAAGCUGAACCAAGUGGUUUGUAUACUUGAUAUCUUGUCCUCUUAAAGGUGUCUCUUUCCACCACAGUCACCUGUCUUACUUGGUAACUGAUUUUUGUCUUGCUUCUGUUUAAUGAGGUUUCAUCCACUCCAGAAACUUGAGCACUAUAAUCUAGGCUACUGCACUGGCCUUGAAGUUUAUGCUGCAUUGUUAUGAAACUUUGGCUUUUGAACAAGAUGUUGGUGCUUUUUUGUUUGGUCCCUCUUCACCCCAAAUCCCACAUUCAAUAUUAAUGGAACUUUUGCAAUGAAUAGGCUGCCACCUUUUACAUUGACACCUGUGACAUC